GUACAUGCUUGGUGUAAUGCUAGCUGGAAUUAUAUACAAUAUAUUGCAUAUUCCAUUUGCAAUAUAUUACUUAAUAGCAAAAAAACAUCUCAUUAAACACAAAAGUUUUCAUCACUUUGAAUUUUAUGGUGACAAGAUUACAUUUGGGAUAAUAGCAACUGCAGCUGGGGCAGCACUAGGUGCAACUGUGGAUUUACAAAACGUUGUUUAUACAGAAAAUAAUUCAAAGAUUCAUGACUUUUUGGGACUUAUGUAUAUUCCAGAUGCAUUUCUUGUUGCUGCAUUUGUUAGUUCUGGAAUUUCUUCUGUAUUAUCCUCUUUGAAUCUUCACAAAAGUGAAUGAUCAAAGAUUAAUUAUGAGUAAAACAUCCGGUCCUCCCGAACUAUGAUCAAAUUUGCUACGAUAUGCUUUAAUUUCACGGAAUCUUAUUACCCCUCAA